UAUCAGAUAAGUAGAAAGAGCCUCACACUCUCCUUCAUCUCACUCUUAAAACCCCCAUUUUCUCUCAUUCGGGCGACCCUAGUCCUUUGCUUCGCGGCACCGCCGUCCACCUCUCUUUCUCUCUCCUCUAAUCUCCCAAUCUUCCUCUUCUCACAAAGAUGAAUGUUGAGAAGCUCAAGAAGAUGGCCGGUGCGGUCCGCACUGGUGGAAAGGGAAGCGUGAGAAGAAAGAAGAAGGCCGUCCAUAAAACUACCACCACAGACGACAAAAGGCUUCAGAGUACUCUGAAAAGAAUAGGAGUGAACGCUAUCCCUCAGAUUGAGGAAGUGAACAUCUUUAAGGACGAUCAAGUUAUACAGUUUAUAAAUCCUAAAGUUCAAGCAUCUAUUGCUGCUAAUACCUGGGUUGUUAGUGGUGCACCACAAACCAAGAAAUUGCAAGACAUUCUUCCUGGAAUCAUCAAUCAGUUGGGACCUGAUAACUUGGACAACUUGAGGAAGCUUGCAGAGCAGUUCCAGAGCAGGGCACCCAAUGCUAAUGUCGAUGGAAGUGGAACAAUCGCAGAGGAGGACGAUGACGAGGUUCCAGAGCUUGUUGCUGGUGAGACCUUCGAAGCAGCUGCAGAGGAAGAACAGAAGUCUUAAGCUGUUGGAUGAUUUUGUGUGUCCUGCUUUAUUUAUUAAAAAAUAUUUCAGCUUCCUCUUUCCUCCUUUUUGUUUAAUUUAGCAAUUUUUGCUGAAUUUCCUUGAAACAAUUAGUUUAAGCGAUGUGUAUUGUGACCGGAGGCAAGUUAGUUUUACUAAGCCAGAUUGAGUUUCA